GUUUCCUCCUCCUCCUUCUCCUCCUCCUCCUCCGCGACCUCCUCCUCCUCCUCCUCCUCUCUCUCCUGAGAAACUUCGCCCCGGCGGUGCGGAACGCCGCUGCGCAGCCGGGGAGGGACGCAGGCAGGCGGCGGGCAGCGGGAGGCGGCAGCCCCGUGCGGUUCCCGCGGCUCCCAGCUGCGCCCCGCGCCCGCCGCGCCAUGGCUCGGAGACCCCGACACAGCAUAUACAGCAGUGACGAGGAUGACGAAGACAUUGAGAUGUGUGAUCAUGACUAUGAUGGACUGCUUCCCAAGUCUGGAAAGCGUCACUUGGGGAAAACUAGGUGGACCAGGGAAGAGGAUGAAAAACUGAAGAAGCUGGUGGAACAGAAUGGAACGGAUGACUGGAAAGUUAUUGCCAAUUAUCUCCCGAAUCGAACAGAUGUGCAGUGCCAGCACCGAUGGCAGAAAGUACUAAACCCUGAGCUCAUCAAGGGGCCUUGGACCAAAGAAGAAGAUCAGAGAGUGAUAGAGCUUGUACAGAAAUACGGUCCGAAACGUUGGUCUGUUAUUGCCAAGCACUUAAAAGGGAGAAUUGGAAAACAAUGUAGGGAGAGGUGGCAUAACCAUUUGAAUCCAGAAGUUAAGAAAACCUCCUGGACAGAAGAGGAAGACAGAAUUAUUUACCAGGCACACAAGAGACUGGGGAACAGAUGGGCAGAAAUCGCAAAGCUACUGCCUGGACGAACUGAUAAUGCUAUCAAGAACCACUGGAAUUCUACAAUGCGUCGGAAGGUCGAGCAGGAAGGUUAUCUGCAAGAGUCUUCUAAAGCCAGCCCGCCAACAGUGGCCACAAGUUUUCAGAAGAACAGUCAUUUGAUGGGUUUUGCUCAUGCCCCACCUUCAGCUCAUCUCCCUCCAGCUGGCCAGACUUCAGUUAACAAUGAUUAUUCCUAUUACCACAUUUCUGAAGCGCAAAACGUCUCCAGUCAUGUCCCAUAUCCUGUAGCGUUACAUGUAAAUAUAGUCAAUGUCCCUCAGCCAGCUGCUGCAGCCAUUCAGAGACACUAUAAUGAUGAAGACCCUGAGAAAGAAAAGCGAAUAAAAGAAUUAGAAUUGCUCCUAAUGUCGACUGAGAAUGAGCUCAAAGGACAGCAGGCGCUACCAACACAGAACCACACAUGCAGCUACCCCGGGUGGCACAGCACCACCAUCGCUGACCACACCAGACCUCAUGGAGACAGUGCACCUGUUUCCUGUUUGGAAGAACACCACUCCACUCCCUCUCUGCCUGUGGAUCCUGGCUCCCUACCUGAAGAAAGUGCCUCUCCAGCAAGGUGCAUGAUCGUCCACCAAGGCACCAUUCUGGAUAAUGUUAAGAACCUCUUAGAAUUUGCAGAAACACUUCAAUUUAUAGAUUCUGAUUCUUCAUCAUGGUGUGAUCUCAGCAGUUUUGAAUUCUUUGAAGAAGCAGAGUUUUCACCUAGCCAACAUCAUGCAGGCAGAGCCCUAAAGCUUCAGCAAAGAGAGGGCAGUCUGAAUAGACCUGCAGGAGAGCCUAGCACAAGGGUGAACGCUCUCAAGUUGAGUGAGGGUUCACUUGACCCGCUCAAGCCCUUACCUCCUUCGAGGCACGGCACAGUUCCACUGGUCAUCCUUCGAAAAAAGCGCGGCCAGGCAAGCCCCUUAGCCACUGGAGGCUCUAGCUCCUUCCUAUUUGCUGGCGUCAGCAGCUCAACUCCCAAGCGUUCCCCUGUCAAAAGCCUACCCUUCUCCCCUUCACAGUUCUUAAACACUUCUGGUAACCAUGAAAACUUAGACUUGGAAAUGCCUUCUUUAACUUCUACCCCUCUCAAUGGUCACAAAUUGACUGUUACAACACCAUUUCAUAGAGACCAGACUGUGAAAACUCAAAAGGAAAAUACUAUUUUUAGAACUCCAGCUAUCAAAAGGUCAAUCCUAGAAAGCUCUCCAAGAACUCCUACACCGUUCAAACAUGCACUUGCAGCUCAAGAAAUUAAAUAUGGUCCUCUGAAGAUGCUACCUCAGACACCAUCUCAUCUAGUAGAAGACCUACAGGAUGUGAUCAAGCAGGAAUCUGAUGAAUCUGGAAUUGUUGCUGAGUUUCAAGAAAAUGGGCCACCUUUACUGAAGAAGAUCAAACAAGAGGUGGAAUCUCCAACGGAUAAAGCAGGAAACUUCUUCUGCUCCAACCACUGGGAAGGGGAGAGUCUGAACACUCAGCUGUUCACACAGGCAUCGCCUGUGGUGGAUGUGCCAAAUAUUCUUACAAGUUCCGUUUUAAUGACGCCAGUAUCAGAAGACGAAGACAAUGUUCUCAAAGCAUUUACAGUACCUAAAAACAGGUCCCUGGCGAGUCCCUUGCAGCCUUGUAGCGGUGCCUGGGAGACCGCAUCCUGUGGAAAGACAGAAGAUCAGAUGACGGCUUCUGGUCAAGCUCGUAAAUAUGUGAAUGCCUUCUCAACCCGGACUCUGGUCAUGUGAGACGUUUCCAGACAAGCAUUAUGGUUUUCAGAACACUUCAAAAGUUGACUUGGGAUGAUAUAUCAUUCCUUCACAUGAAACUUUUCAUGAAUGGGAGAAGAACCUAUUUUUGUUGUGGUACAACAGUUGAGAGCAGCACCAAGUGCAUUUAGGUGGAUGAAAUCUUAUGGGAUUUCACCCAACUAAAAGGAAUUUUUUAAAUAAAUAAAUAAAUAAAUAAAUAACAGUCUUACCUAAAUUAUUAGGUAAUGAAUUGUAGUCAGUUGUUAAUAUCUUAAUGCAGAUUUUUUUAAACAUAAAAUGAUUUAUCUGUAUUUUAGAGGAUCCCACAGACCAGUAUUUUUUUCCUGUGAUGGGGUUGUUGAAAUUUUUACACAAAAAAAAGGUACUCCAAUAUUUCACUUUUCUCAAUCACUAAACACAAUGCAUUACUAUAAAUGUUGACUUAAUACCAUGGGAUUAUUAAUCAAGAUUGUAAAUGCUCAUUUAUGGUUAAUAACAUUGGAGGUACAUUUAUUGUACUAAACCAUUUUAUGAGUUCUUGUUGUUGUUGUUGUCAGCUUGCUUUAAAAAUUAUUACUGUGUGAAAUAGUUUUAUAAAAAAUUAUAUUUUUAUUCAGUAAUUUAAUUUUGUAAAUGCCAAAUGAAAAAUGUGUUUUGCUGCUAUGGUCUUAGCCUGUAGACGUGCUGCUAGUAUCAGAGGGGCAGUAGAGCUUUGGACGGAAAGAAAAGAAACCUGGUGUUAGGUAAUUGACUAUGCACUAGUAUUUCAGACUUGUUAAUUUUUUUAUAUAUAUAUAUAUGUACUUUUUUUUCCCUUUUGUAAUACCUUGGAAAACUGGUUUGGGAGAUUUUGCAUUUGUUGAUGUCAUUGGUUUUUUUUUUUUUUUUUUUUGGUUUUUUGUUUUUUUUUUAUUUUUUAUUUUUUUGGUUAUUGUUGGUUUAGAAGAACUCGCAUUGCACUUCUUUACUUCUUUUUUGGGAGAUCUGUGUUGUUGAUGUUCUGUGUUUUGUUUUGAGUUCAGCCUAACUGUUCUUUAAUUCAGGGGUUAUGUGUUUGAUCAGCGUCCCCCAUGGUUUCCAAGUGUAAGGUCUCAGAACUGCCGCACAGAACCUGUGUUCGCAGCUGGGGUCGAGAGCCUGGGGUCUAUAGCCAGUUGCUGCCUUAAGAACAUUUGGUGCAAGAUGGCCGGCACUGAACUUUGAUAUGACAGUGUACUUACUGCCUUGUAGAGAAAUAAAGCUGUGCCCUUAUUUUACUUACUUCUGGCUUCUCUCUUGUGAUUGUGGACAGUUAUACUUUUAAGGAAAUGGAGUGAACCCGAAGCACUUUCUUAGGUUAAUAAUUUGUGCACCAUCUGAACCUCAUGUGAAGAAGCCAAGAAAGAAGAACAAGCAAACCAAGUUCAGUAGUUUAGAAAAUCAUCACGUGCAGAGUGACAGCUGGGAGGAGUCUUGCAGAAUGUAUUAGGGUUCCAGCAGCAUGUGCACUGGGAUAAUGAGGACUGAUACCACAGAUGUGGGUGGGGAUAGGACGACCACGGGGUUGGUGCAUGCACCUGGGUGGGUAGAGGCCUGAAGGACACUGUCACCUGGAGAGGGGCAGUCAUGGAAGGCAGGAGCCCUAGAGAAGAGUCAUGACCUUUGAAGACCUCACAGGGAGAGUCCCGAGGGCAAUGCUUGACUUUCCUUCCAUCCCUUCCAUCUCUGUCAAGGGUCCUCGUUCACAGAACCA